AUUCAAUUCCGUUCGUCUCCUACAUUUGCUCAUAUUAAUUUAUUUGUCGUUUGCAUCUAUACAAAUAUUAAUUAAUAUAUAUUUUAUCUAUUCAGUUCUUGUUUGCAGAGAUUUCACAAAAAAAAAAUACAUCUCUCGUUGUUACCAACUUACCAAGUCUGUUCCAAACACAAAUUUUAAGAAAACAAAAGCCAACAUCUGGAAAUCAAUCGAUCAGCUGAUCGUCAACUAUUGUACCUUUCAUGGAACAAUUGAUUUUCUCGCAAAUCUUGUCUUAAAGGUUUUGUGAAGAUGGGUGGUCAAAAGUUUGGAUUUUUGAUUUGGGUUUCAUCGAUUUCUUGCUUAAUCUGCCUCUGCCAUGGAUACGUACCUGUGAAUAAUUACCUCAUCAACUGUGGAUCAUCAACCAACGUCACUGUCACUAGUCGAGUGUUCAUCUCUGAUAAGCUUGCUUCAAACCUCCUAACCUCUCCUAAUGAAAUCCUCGCCGCCGCGAGUAAUCGCAAUUCAAAUUCAGAUAUUUACCAGACGGCGAGAAUCUUCACCGGAAUCUCCAAGUACAGAUUCUCCAUCACUAGAGGCCGCCACUGGGUUCGUCUCCAUUUCAAUCCUUUUCAGUACCAAAACUUCCAAAUGGGCUCAGCCAUAUUCUCAGUUUCUUCACAAACACAUGUCCUCUUGAGUGAUUUCACUGUGAAUUCCAGAGUUAUGAAGGAGUACUCUCUGAAUGUAGCUACGGAUCAUCUCGAGCUCACGUUUACUCCCUCUGGUGAUUCGUUUGCGUUUCUGAACGCGCUCGAGGUUGUAUCGGUUCCUGAUACGUUGAUCAUUGGUGAUCCUUCAUUUGUAGGCAGUCCCGGGAAGUUUCAGGGCUUGUCAUUGCAAGCUUUUGAGACGGUUUAUAGAGUGAACAUGGGCGGUCCGCGUGUUACGCCUAGUAACGAUACUCUUUCGAGAAUUUGGGUGCCUGAUUCUGAGUUUAUAGUGGAGAAGAAUCUAGUUAAGAUUGUGUCUAAGAUUGCAAGUGUUAAUUAUGUUCCCGGUUUUGCUACAGAGGAGACUGCCCCAAGAACUGUCUAUGGUACUUGCACCGAGAUGAAUUCCGCGGAUAACCCGUCUAGCAAGUUCAAUGUGACUUGGGAUUUCGAUGUUGACCCGGGUUUUCAGUACUUUCUACGGUUUCAUUUCUGCGAUAUUGUGAGUAAAGCUCUAAACCAGCUUUACUUCAAUCUCUAUGUCGACUCUAUGUUGGUUGUUGAGCAUCUCGAUCUAAGCUCUUAUUUAUCCAACACUUUGAGCGGUGCAUACUCGAUGGAUUUUGUCACCGGAUCAGCUAAACAGACUAAAAGAAUCCGUGUGAGCAUCGGUCCAUCGAGUCUUCACACGGAUUACCCUAAUGCGAUUCUGAACGGAUUAGAGAUCAUGAAGAUGAAUAACUCCAAAAGUCAGCUCAGUAACGGGACAUUUUUGCCUAGUGGUUCAAGUUCAACCACCAAGAAGAAUGUUGGUAUGAUCGUUGGUGUAACGGUUGGCUCAUUGCUUGCUUUAGUGGUUUUAGGAGGUUUCUUUUUGCUGUACAAGAAACGAGGACGAGACCCGGAUGACCAUUCAAAGACUUGGAUUCCGUUGUCUUCCAAUGGAACAACUUCAUCCUCAAAUGGAACUACAAUUGCAAGUAAAGCUUCCAAUUCCAGUUAUCGAAUUCCUUUGGCAGCAGUUAAAGAGGCCACAAAUAGCUUUGACGAGAACAGAGCAAUUGGCGUUGGUGGUUUUGGUAAAGUGUACAAAGGAGAGCUUCACGACGGUACUAAAGUAGCUGUUAAAAGAGCGAAUCCUAAGUCUCAGCAAGGACUUGCAGAGUUCAGGACAGAAAUCGAAAUGCUGUCUCAAUUCCGUCAUCGCCACUUGGUUUCUCUGAUCGGUUACUGCGAUGAGAACAACGAGAUGAUUCUCAUUUACGAAUAUAUGGAGAACGGAACAUUGAAGAGUCACCUUUACGGCUCAGAUCUUCCUAGCUUAAGUUGGAAGCAACGGCUUGAGAUAUGCAUUGGAUCAGCAAGAGGAUUGCAUUAUCUCCAUACCGGUGACGCGAAACCCGUGAUUCACAGAGACGUGAAAUCCGCCAACAUAUUACUCGACGAGAAUCUCAUGGCUAAAGUUGCAGACUUUGGACUGUCUAAGACCGGACCCGAGAUCGAUCAGACUCAUGUGAGUACCGCGGUCAAAGGAAGUUUCGGAUAUCUUGAUCCGGAAUACUUCAGAAGACAACAGCUCACAGAGAAAUCAGAUGUUUACUCUUUUGGAGUGGUUAUGUUCGAGGUUCUCUGCGCGAGACCGGUUAUAGACCCGACACUUAAUAGAGAGAUGGUGAAUCUAGCGGAAUGGGCGAUGAAAUGGCAGAAGAAAGGACAUCUUGAACAUAUCAUUGAUCCAUCACUGCGAGGUAAAAUCAGACCUGAUUCGCUAAGAAAGUUUGGUGAAACAGGGGAGAAAUGUUUAGCUGAUUACGGAGUUGAUAGACCAUCAAUGGGAGAUGUGUUGUGGAAUCUUGAAUACGCUUUACAGCUACAAGAAGCAGUCAUUGAUGGUGAUCCAGAAGACAGCACAAACAUGAUCGGUGAGCUACCUCUACGGUUCAAUGAUUAUAACCAUGGAGACACGAGUGUUAACGUUUCUGUAGCUAAAGAGGAAGAAGAGUCGAGUGUUGAUGAUAGUUCAGGUGUUUCCAUGAGUAAAGUUUUCUCGCAGCUGGUUAAAUCUGAGGGACGCUAAAGAGAUGAUAAAUUUCCAGGAAUCUUUAUUGGAACCAGAAUAUAGCAUAUUUGUUCUCCUCUAGCUUUUCUUCUGUACAUUUUUAACGAUUAGACUAUGAUUUUCAUUCAAUGACCAAUAUGAUUUUCCAUCAGCUGUUACAUCUUAACCAAAACCGGUUUAUGUAUUAAUAAAGGAAUUGAUUUCCCAA